AUGGUUCAGGGGCAGCGCCUGGAGGACGACGAGAAGCUGAAAUAUGUCACGUCCGACUGGGAAGGCAAGAAGGUCGAGGUGGAGGAGGCCACGCGAAGGCUGGCCAAGUCGCAGGACGAGCUGAACCAGCUGAACAUCACAGUUAGGCAGGUUCAGGAAUACAACGAGCAGAUGAAGGCCGAGAUCCAGGUCACCCGCCGGGCCACCUACAAGGCGGAGGACCACAUCAAGCAGAUCGAGGAGAUGAAGAGCAAGCAGGACCUGCUGAUCGACUCGAUGAAUGAGGACAUCAAGCGGCUGACUGAGCGGAAGGCCUUGCUUGAUGCUCAGAUCGCAGCACAACGCCAGGAGACGGAGGCCGCAAUGGCAACACUCAGAGAGGCUAGCCGGGAGAUGGAAGCGAUCGAGUUCGAGAAGAAGCAGCUCAUGAUGCAGUGGAGGUCUUCCUUGGUCGGCAUGCAGCGCCGAGAUGAAGCGCUGCAAAACGUGCAAAAAGCCCUCGAGGAGCAGAGCGAGGCGGCUCCCA